AUGGCAGACCUCCCCCCGCAAACUCUCACAGGCAAAGUCGCCAUUGUUACGGGUUCUGCUCGAGGUCUCGGCGCCAGUAUGGCUCUCGACCUUGCUUCACGAGGGGCCAGUGUUGUGAUCACCUACACGUCCGCCUCCUCCGAUAGCAUCGCCUCCGACCUCGCGUCACGGAUUUCGUCGCUGGCGAACUCUUCAAGCGCCAUAGCUGUUCGCGCCAACAUGUCAGACCCUUCGGCUCCAGAUACCAUCGUUAAAGCUACAGUGGAAGCGUUCGGCCACAUCGACAUCCUCGUCAAUAACGCUGCUAUCCAGGUUACGCGGAGUCUCAAAGAUAUAUCAACGGCGGACUACGAGAGCGUCUACGCAGCCAAUAUUCGAGGAGUGAUCUUCUUGACGCAGGUUGUCCUGCGGCAUUUCAGGGCCCCGGGGCGUAUCGUGAACAUCUCUAGCGUGGGUGCUCGGUUAGGCUUUGCGGAGUUGAGUCUGUAUUGCAGUAGCAAGGCGGGCUUAGAAGGGUUGACCAGAAGUUGGGCGGGCGAGCUCGGUGAAGAUGGUACGACGGUCAAUGCAGUGGCGCCGGGCCCGGUGCAGAGUGAGAUGUUGGAGAGUAUCCCAAAGGAGCUCGUGGCGAGGCAGAAGGAGGACACGCCCGUAGAGAAGCGGUUGGGUACACCGGAAGAGGUCAGUCGCGUGGUAUGUUGGUUGGCGAGCGAGGACGCGAGCUGGGUCACUGGGCAGACCAUCAAUUGCAGCGGUGGGUUUUCGAUGAUCUGA